AUGGAACACGCACACAUCCAGCUCUGCUUGCAAAGAUGCGGUGUAAAGCUCAAGAACACCCUCACGACAACCUCGCAUCAAACCGAAGUUACACGAUCAAAAGGGCCAUUGAGUGAUUUGAUAACACGGGGCACGAUGUUCCCAGCUCGUACCCAAAGCAAGCCAACGUGGCCAGCCUCAAACAACCCUUAG